AUGAUGCGGCCUCACACGGACCUCCCCAGCGUGUCCUGGAUGCUGUUCUCCUGCCUGAUGUUGCUGUCUCAGGUCCAAGGUGAAGACUCGCCAAAGGAAGUGCCCACUCCACGGAUCACGUGUCCCAAAGGCUCCAAGGCCUAUGCCUCCCACUGCUAUGCCUUGUUUAUGACACCAAAAUCCUGGAUGAAUGCAGAUAUGGCCUGCCAGAAGAGACCCUCGGGACACCUUGUGUCUGUGCUCAGUGGGGCUGAGGCAUCCUUUGUGGCCUCCCUAGUACAGAACAGUGCGAACACUUACUCAAACAUCUGGAUGGGGCUCCAUGAUCCCACAGAGGGCUAUGAGCCCAAUGCAGGUGGAUGGGAGUGGAGUAGCACGGAUGUGCUGAAUUACCUUGCCUGGGAGAGACACCCCUCCACUAACCCAAACCCCGGCUACUGUGGGAGUCUGUCAGCAAGCACAGGAUAUCUGAAAUGGAGAGAUUAUAACUGCGGUGCGAUGCUACCUUAUAUCUGCAAGUUCAAGGACUAG